AUGGCCACACUUCAGCAGCAAGUGCGGCUCCUGGCUGAGAAGCAGUCCGAGGCUUUGGAAGCCAAGGACGCAGCUUUGAAAGAGUCUUUGCAAGUGGAGGCUGCAGGCAGGCAGCGCGAGGCAGAUGAGAAUCUGCGGAAAUUUCAGGAGCUUCGUCAGCUGAUCCAUGAGGAGUCGAACCUCCGCAGCAGUGCCCUGGAGCGCCAAGCAGCACAGCUGGAGCAGCGCCUCACCUCCGAGACCAGCGCCCGGAAGGAUCUGCAGGCACAACAUGAGGCGGUCUUCGCGAAGAUGGGGCAGGAGAUCCAACAGUUGGAGUCGAAAAUGGCCACCUUCGUACCUUCCAUGCAAAGUUCCCUGGCCGACGCCAAUGCCAAAAUUGAGGCCGAGCAGGCCGCCCGAGCCGCAGGCGUUGAACGGCUCCAGUCGGCCGUGGACUCCUUGAACCAAGAGAUCAAGGCGCUGCCAGUGUUACAGGAGCGGCUCUCACAGGUGGAAGCAUCCUUCACCGCGCAGCUGUCGGAGGCCACGGAGGCCUCCAUGGCGCGAGAUCAAAAGCUGGAGGACCGGAGUGAAGAGGGUUACCGGCGUGUUGCUAAUGGGGGCAGGCUUACUUUGCAGCUGGAAGAGGAGACCACCGACCGGAAACAAAGCGAGCAGCGAGCCGCCGGCAUGCUCAGCAGCAUCCAGGUGGCCAUGGGUCGCGAGCAGCGCGCUCGGGAGGCGGCGUACAACGAGGCGAACCGCUUGCUGGGUGUUCUGGAGACGCGUUUGGAGGGCAACGAGAAGAGCUUGCAGGACUUGAGCGCCUUGCUGAAAGCCGAGGUGGCUCAGCUGGAGGAGACGUACUCCAAGUUUGCCAGCCAGGAGCAGGCCGCGCGCGAGGCCUUGGGGAAGAGCUUGGAACAGCAGCAGCUGAAGCGUCACGAGGCGCUCGCGGAGGAGCUGCGCCGGAACUACGCUGCCCAAACCGAGGAAAGCCGCAGGUGGGCACAGACCUUAGUGGAGCGGCUGAGCAAUGACCUACGGGGAGAAAGAGAGGCUCUCUUCCAGGAGCUGAACCGCCGCUGCGAUGAGGUGGCGAAGCUCAAUGCAGAGCAUAUCCGCUUGGAGAUGGCGUCUGAGGUGCAGAAGGUGGACGCCCAGACUGCAGAGCUGUUGGCCAAGCAGAAGGCAGUGCUGGAAGAAGAGAAGCGCCACUACGAGCACCAAGCCUCAGUGGCAGCGCAGGAGGUGAAGGCGGCCUUGGACGCCCAUGGAGAAUUCGCAGAAGCCUUGGAGGCAGAGCAACGCCUCAUCGUCUCGCGGCUCACCGAGCAGCUGCAGCGUGAGGGCGCCGCCAGGCAAGAACGCCGAGUUCGCCGAACGCUGGGCGUCUAG